AGCUGAUGUCUGAUGAAUCUGAACUGUGAAAGCAGGGAAAGCUUCUCGCUUCCAUGCGCUUCCCCUCCAGGUUGUUCUGAAGUUGGACACACAGCUUCGCUGUGCCUUUUACAUUGCCGUCGGAAUUUUGUUUCACCUUCUUGUCAUCCACUGGUACAUGGUACAUGCAAUCGUUUGGCGUAAAUAUUACAAUAAUUUUUGAAUCGUUUGGUACAUCGAAUUGCAAAAUACCAAACGCUGUGCUGUAGGGUACACACAUUUAUUACCGUGUUAGUGCAGGAAUGUGAAUAGGACGUGUCUUCUUGGAUGGCCUUGAGGAAGUAUUUCUGAAUUAGUAGCUAUCAGAUCGAAGAGGAGUGCAAGGACGACACCAGUGCGUUUGGUACCAGUUUUAUGUGUGCGCAGGUGUAUGAGACAUAAUGUACCCGGUUUCUGCAGAGUAGCACUGGUAUGGAAUACAUACAUCUGAGCAACUGAUGACGGCAUUCCAAUGAUGCAAAUGUCGGACUCUGCAGGCCACGGCGCUUGGUCUGGGUAUCGAGUAUUUGCUCCGUAAACGGUGCUGUGAGAAACUCUGCCAUGUGCUGCGGCUGCUGGUCGCUAUGAGUGAGAACGCCGCAUGUCCAGUAUGCCAACGUGUUGUAGACGGCGGCGAGAAAGAACUUGCUGCACACGUCAACUCCUGCCUGGACCAGCAGAGGAACGUGGACACUGUGGCAGCGUGUCAGAUAUGCAAGAAGAACAUUUCCAGCUACACUUCCACCCAGCGCACGCAACACAUGAACAGAUGUUGCGAUCGUGUCAGCAAGCCUUCCGGCAAUGAUGUCCAUACCCAGCCUGAUGCUGGAGCAGAUACAGCAGAUUUUAUACCAACCACCCGUAUGAGCGAGAGGUCUUGUCCAACCUGCGGGAAAGCCUUCAAAAACAAAAAGGGUGUAUUGGCACACGUUAAGAAGUGUCCACAGAAGCAGAGUCUAUCUGUAGACGAAGUAGCCGCCGCUUUGGAGCAGCAGGAAAAUGGCAGCGCGGUGACCAAUGCGCCGUCUGCCUCUACCCGUGCCGUGACCAGCUCAACCACAAGGUCAUCCAGAACGACAAGGUCGACUCAGGGUGGCACCAGGCCGACGCGGAGCAACACACGCAAGCGAGUGAAGAUUCAAGAUGAAGAUGAAGACACCCAGGUUGCUUUGGCGCUAUCCACCUCUCUGGUUCAGACAAAGCUAGUUGCACCGGACACGCGUGCCCGUCCUGGUGCGAGAAAGAAGUCGAAGCAGACCAGUGCCUCUAAGAAUGAAGUGCCAGUCCUGUUGCAGCGCAGUGCGAGUGAACAGCAGGCUGUGGUUGCAGCGCGAGCGGGCAAUGUCAUAUUAGGCCUGGGUGAUGAUGAUGGUGAUGAUGACGACUCUAUGCCAGUGUCGUGCACUCCGGCGUUUGCCACCAGUCGCCUAGCCAGUUCUGUUGUGUCCCCGCCUCGUGUCAGGUCUGCCGCGAUCCCUGCUGAUCACGCAUCUCAUGAGCAGGCCGCAGGCUGUGACUCGUCGAGUGGUGCCACCAGGUCGGAUUCACCCAGCAGGUCGAAUGAUAGAGGUUGCCCGGCGGAGGGCAGUGGUUCGCGCUCAGGCCCUGUGUCACCCGGAGCUGAAGUGAAGUCUGGCUAUGAAGGUGCUGCAGAGUACUCAUUGAGUGCCACUGCUGAAGCUGGUGCUAAGCAUAUCGGAGCUGUGUCUGAGAGGGGAGCAAGUGAGGAGAGUGAUGAUGAGAAGGAAAAUAAAUUGCCAAAGCACCUGGAGUUGACCACCACCACCACCACCACGGUCUCCAGUGCAAUGCCACUGGACUCUAUGAGCGAGACAUCAAGGUCUGUCCAGGACCGUCAACAUACCGAUGAUGUUGGCCUCAGUGGACUUGGCUCUUUGUCAACAGACCCUCUGCGAACACUUGCGGAAACGUCUGCUGGGACCAGCAGCUGCUCUUCUGUGCACCCACCGUCGCAGCCAGUGGCCAGUAACCCUUACCCAAGUACCCGGCUGAAGUUGACAAGACAGCGCAAGAAUCAUGUUCAAGUGGUUGGGAAGGUCACUGACUUCUACUCAGUACCCGUUGCUAGUGUACAUAUGAAUGACAACAAGCCAGCAAGCCAACAGCUGUGGCGUCUGUCUGCGGGAGCUAGUCCUUUGACAGACAGCGACCAUUUCUAUGUGCCAUCUCUACUGGAGGACUGCCAUCAGCAACGCCCAUGUGAUCUGACUAGUGAAAUCAAUAGACUUGAAAAAACGGCACACGAGGAACCUCUCGAUCAGAAUGAGCCUGCGAACAAUAUGUUGAUGGUCAGCUUCUCACAGCGCCUUCUAUCAUCACUCUCCGAUGAGUUGCAGAGCAGCUUGCCUCGGCCUUCCCAGCAUUCCACAGGUCCUAGAAACUCACAAGAGGGCGGUGGUGGUUUUGGUGAUGACGCUGAUACCAGUGGUGGAUCCUGUGAAGGCAGGAAUACACACCGUGCUGCAGCCGUCGAUACUCUGCUGACCGACCUUUCCGCCAUGAUGACAUCAUCUCGCUUCAGCGACGCCAUCCUAGUGGCCAGCGAUGGCAGUCAGCUACCCGUACACAAGGUUAUCCUUGCCGCUAGGUCACCCGUCUUCUCACAGAUGCUGGAGGAGAACAACGAGUCUGUUCUCUUUGAUGAGUCGACGCUCAACGCGUCCGGCUGGUCCGGCUUGGCCCAUCAGCCGGUUGUGUUACGCUUUGAUGAGCAGCCGCGUUCAGUACUUGUAUCACUGGUAGCUUACCUCUACAGUGGAACACUACCCAGUGAACAUGAUGCUGAGGUCAUAUCAGGACUGUACUCUUUGGCAGUCAGGUUAAAACUGAGUGUUCUUCAGUCGUAUUGUGCUCCAUUCUUACCAACAUCCCAUUCGCUUGAUAAGGAGAAACCACCUGAACCAGACACAGUGGCUGCACAAACUGAACAUGCCACCGCUGAUGGCAACUGUUCAUCCGAGUCUGCAAGUGAGGAGGCCCCAAGAGAUUCGGAGCCGAUCCUCGCCGAGCUGUCUAUUAAAGUUGUAGAUUCUACACUAUGCACAGCAGUAAACAACUUCUAUGCUAGCAAUGUCGUCCAAGCUGAUGGCAAUGCAACUAGUGCAGCAAACAGUCAUCUGAUUACUGACAGAGAUGGGUCACAUUUUGAGAAUUCUGGACUGUGUCUUGCAGAUUUCAGACCUGCUAAAUCCACAUCCUCCGUGUCCACCGACGUUACGUCCACAGCAGUCUUAUCAAGAGCAGAAAGCACUGCACUGUCUCCAGACGUAUCGAGCGAAGAGACCAAUGAUGAGAAGUGCGUGGAGUAUAGCCCACAGCAAGUAGGCGUAGGUGUUCGUAUGGACACCAGUGCUGCUGCCGCUCCUGGUCACUUGCCCGAAGAGCAUCACGGUAUGAAUCACAGUGAUGCUCAGCAAGAUGAUGGCGACUGUGACUUGGCCGCUGUGGCGGAGCAAAGCCCAGUGAUGAGCGCCGGUUCACCAGCUCUGUUUGAUGUGGAUAGCGGUGAUGAUGAUGAACAGCACUCUGCCAUCAUUGCACUGGAGACUGCUAGCAACGCAUGUACUGUUCAGCAGGCCAAGGGCAAUACUAAUAAGACACUCUCAGAGCACAACAGCAUUGCCUGUAGUAUUGUUAGAGAAGGUGCUGCUUGCUACCGGGGCACUGAUGAGAAUGAUGCGGAUCAAGAUGACAACAACGUCCUUGCCACUUGCCAAGAUCACCAAGAGACUACCACCGUUGUGCCAUCUUGCUUGUCGGUACAUUCUAGUAAUCAUGAUGAUUCCCAUGCCUCUACUCCACCUAGCGUCCAUGGUGUACCGGGUGGUGAGUCUAUUUUGUGCAACAAUGAUAUCCAACCAUCGGCUGCUGACAAGUCUGCUAAUACUGACACGUUUGAAAGGCAUUCGACCAGUGACACUGAGACCUCUCCGCGCUACAACUGGUCAACGAUGAUGUCGGUUCCAGAGUUUGAUACGCCAGUCCUGGUGCCCGAUACUCCAGACAAGCACCCACGCUGUCACACGCCAGCGAUGACUACCGAUGGUGCUGGUGGUGCUGGUGGGAAUAGCAUUGUAUCCUGUAGUACCCGUCUUUUCCAAUCGCACUCCUCCGACCAACUCGAUAAAUCCGAUUGUGCUGGCAGCCCUCACCGGGGCAGCUCGCUUGGCAUGAAGCGUGGCUCGCUUACUGGAGCUUCACUGUCUCUUUCGUCUGUAAGAAUCAUCCCAGACUCGCCUCCUAAUGAUAGUUUACUUGAUGGAAAUCAGAUGGCAUCUCCAAUGUCCAAUGAGUGUUCACUGCCAGGUGACCCACGUGGCUUUUCGUCAUCACCUCCCACAGAGAAUACUAGUAACGAUCAGUCCAGUAGCCAGGUUCAUCCAGAAGCCGAUGCCAUCAGCAUUGCUUCGUCCGCCAGAGACUCUGUGUGCUCGCCUGGCUCUGCUGCUCCGGUGCGGAUGUCCGACGUUGACAAUUCGGAUUUCUAUUUAAACGAUGCUGGCCAUAACUGUGAUUUUGACUCAAUGUCCCCAGUGCUGGUUCACAGGGCAUCCACACCGGACAUGUCCACAGUCCAUGAAGUGCCUUUGCUUACUUCAGCUGCUCAGGAUGACAGCGAUCCGGCUCUCGCUCCUAGUCCAGAAUGCCGGUCUGGUUUUGCGGACAAUGUCGACGAUAGCGGUGAUCUAUCCGGUGUUCUUGCUGUCCGUGUCGGUGUAGAUCAUGACAGCUCAUCCGACUUGGCGUCAUUGAGCAGUGUCUGUGCGUCAAGGCCUGCACGGAAAUCUCUUCGCCGUGCCAGGGGUAGUAGUAGUAUUGAUAAUGCUGAUGCUGAUGCUAAUACUGAUGGUGGGGGCAGUGGCUAUGGUGGUUUCUCUCCUGGCUGGGAUGCAUGUCAUGACUUUGAUGACAUUGCCGUCGAUACUCAUCUGGAUGCCACUCAGACUGAUUGUGUGUAUGGAGACCACUGUGAUGCUUCACCCAUGCACACAAGCACUGUAUCUGCUGGAGAGUCCACUAUGCACGAUAGCUUACUGCUGGCAGCUGUGAACAUGGAUGAUGAUGACGGUGACGAUGAUGGUGCGAACACAUUGACGCCGCAGGCAUGCCAGCAGCACGACUCCAGCACUGCCACGUCUGCCGGUCCACCUACUACUCGUGCGCCGUCUGCAACGCAUGGAGCUACUGUAACUCCGGCACUGCCAGUACGUGCUCGUUCACACCUCACAGCAGCAGCAACAGCAGCAGCAGGUAGUUCUGGAGGUUCGUCAGCCUCUAGCGGCGGCGGUCCAAUCACGCCAAUGCCUAACUAUGAUAACAUGGCUACACCGGAGGUUCGCGCCCGUGCUGAUCAGUUUGGAAUUCGCAAGCUGCCCAAGAAGCGUGCCAUUGCCUUGCUGAAGCACAUCUAUGACUAUACACAUCAGCCGGACACAGCCAAGUCUCGUUCUGCGGCUCGCAGCAAUGCUGAGCAACGGGAGGCAGAUGAUGAUGAUGAUGAUGUAUCUGAUGACAAUGCGGCUAACAAUGGUGAAGAGGAUUCUGAUGACGCUGACCAGGAUGAUGAUGUCCUGACCAGUGUCGGCAACGAGUCGCAGAGGUCAGGAGAUGAAUCUGGUGCGGAACAAGAUGUGGACAUGGCAAAACAGUUUGCUGGAAGUAUGUUAGAGCUGGAUGUGGACGGGGACGAUGACACGGCGGGCUUUACGGCCACACAGAUGGUAUCUAAUGAUGAGCGUAUGUUCAAGGAGCUCUACCAGUUUCUGCGUACAAAUAAGCAGUUUCUCGAGCGUAUCUUGCUCUACCAACCACUGGACUUUGCUGCACUGAAUGCUUCUCUUCGCCAAGCCGCUAUCCGCUGUUCACAGCGUACUCUGGUGAAAUUCUUGGAUUCCCAGUGCAUCGUGUUUCGCUAGCCGACAGUCGCCACUGUCUUGUCGUGAAGUGUGUAGCCACCAGCCAUAUCGGAUGUACUGGACAUCAGUCAGCCAUGACUCGUUCCCUGAUUGCCUGAUCACUGUCAAGAACAUGCUCUACCAUCAUAUGGUUUCCACUAUGUGCACCACAUGAUAUCACCAUGAAACUUGCAGAACUUGAAAAAAACUUGAAAUCAAGAUACUUAUUAUGAAAGGUUCAUGGCAGACCAUGCCAAAAGAACACUCACAGAUUUUCGUGACAGCUGAUAUUAUAAUAAUUAUAACUACGUCAAAAGUAUUAAAUUGAUGAUGAAGAUACAUUGUAUAUUCAUUGGUUUGAGGGAAAGAUAGAGGAAAGAUGUACAUUGUAUAUUUCAUGAAAUUCAAUUACGGUGGAAGGCUGCAGUGCAAAAGAUUGUGCAGAAUGAAAUAUUCCAAAUUCCAACGAAAUACCGUACCAGGCAAGCAUACUAGCAACAGGUCUUCUUCUUGUUUUUUUAUAUUUAAUAGCUGGCUAAUUUUGAAAUUGCUUUGAUUCAGUUUCAUUUGUGACAUAUUCGCUGGUUGAAUACGAAAGUGACGAAAUGAAUACUGAUGUCAACUUGUCUUGUUAUGGGAUCAUAGCGGUAACGUCUGCAGAUGUAAUUCGAAGUAAUAAAAUAUCAACCGGGGCUAGAGACAGCA